AUGGUUAUUGCGCCCUAUGUGGUUGUCCUUGCCGUGGGCCUGGUAACAUGGCUCUAUAUGAGCACAAGGAAGAAGAACGUCAACACCGUUGUCGACGGGAAUAAACCUCUACUCAAGCUUCCACUCAUUGGUGACCUUCAUUCCUCGCCCAUUGAUAGACCCCUGGUGAACUGGGAUGCAUGGACCAAACAAAAUGGUCCGAUCGCAGUGCCCAAGCUUUUCGGGAUCGUCCCCAUUGUUGUACUUAAUUCUUUCGAGGCUGUGACUGAGCUUUUCAGUCGCCGCAGCCAAUGGUACAGCAAUCGUCCAGCCUCUGUAAGCAUGGAGAUGAUCACAGGCGCUGAACCCGGCCGAUCCAGAUUCACCCUGAUGCAUGACUAUGAUGAGCACCUGAAGCUGCACCACCGUAUCCUCUCUCCCAGCCUAGGAGCUGUCGCAUCGCCUCAAUAUCAACCUUUAAUGGAGCUGGAGUCGAAACAGUUACUCUUUGAUCUCGCCAAUGCCCUACAGAAGUGUCCCGACGGCGCCACUAUCAGCACGGACGCCAUCUAUCCGCUCUUGGAGCGCACUCAGUCUAGUGUCAUACUGGCGCUACACUACGGCCUGCGCAUCCCGCGCUUUGAGGAGCCCAUUUUGCACGAAAUCAUAGACACGCAGACCCAGGUGACUCAUAUCGCCGCCAAUCCAGCGUUGCCGGACCUCAUUCCGCCCCUGCGCCACCUCCCUGCGUUCCUGUCCCCAUGGAAGCGUGCAGCCGAUAAGCUCUAUGCCGUCCAAGUCGAUCUCUAUAUGCGCCUUUUUCAUCAUGGCAGAAACUCGCCUGGCUGGAAUGCUACGAAGCAAGCCAUCUGUACGGCGGAAAAAUACGCGCCCGUUGAUUCUCCGGUUUCGGAUCUGGAUCUGGCUUUUACUUUAGCGACUUCCAUACAGGGCGGCAUGGAGACGUCUCCACGACAAUUGCUGUGGUUGUUCAUUGCUGCGUUGCAUCAGCCGUCCAUCGUGACCCAGGCACACGCCGUUCUCGAUGCCGUUGUUGGAAGGGACCGGCUCCCACGCUUUUCGGACCGCGCCCAGCUCACAUUUAUUGACGCCAUUAUGCACGAACUGCUCCGUUGGCGGCCGAUCUCGCCCGGUUCCAUCCCCCGGCGCGCCGAUCACAACGACGAGUUUGGGGGGGUCAAGAUUAACAAAGGCGUUACCGUGAUGGCGAACGCCUGGGCCAUUGGUCGGGAUCAGGCAGUGUUCGAUCCCGCUCUCGGUGACCCUCAGGAGUUCAUUCCGGAGAGGUGGUUACGGCAUGAUGCCAACGGAGAUACCAAGUUGCGGACUGACCUUCCACUCCCGGUCUUCGGACAAGGCCGGCGCAUUUGCCAGGGCAAACGAGUCGCUACGGAUGGGACAUUCAUGCAAGUUGCCAGCUUGCUGUGGGCUUUCGAUAUCCAACUCGCUGAGGGGCAACCGGUGGAUCCGUGGGAGAUGGUUGUAGUGGGGUUUAUGACAAUGCCUCGGGAGCGUAAAUUUAAGUUGAUACCUAGAGGAGAUUGGGUCUUGGAUGUCAUCAGGAGAGAAUGGAAUGACGCCGAGAAGAGUCUAGAUAAGGUAAUGGGUAUGGCAUAUGAUGUUGAGGGGUAG